GUGUCUAGCCGGUGGGUGAUUCAAGUCACUUGUCCUUCAGCUUUCGUCGGAGGUAGACCAAACCAACGACGACGCUCGUGUACCAAACAAAUUAAACAACAGUUUUUUUUAACUAUAUCACAUCAACACAUAUAUCAAUCGGGUUUUCAGUUAACAGUGUUUUGUGAGUGCGAUAUAUCGAAAAGUGAAUCAUCGACUAUUAUUUGGGUAGCGUGACCGCGUGCACACACAUCAAAGAUGGCGCGCCACCAGUGAUUUCAACGUCCGAACUUUGUUGUUCCGACCCACCACAAUAUGUCAGAUCGAGAUAUUGAAUUUGGUCGUGUGAUUGAACGGAAUCUAUCGAAACAUUCAAUUCAUUUCAGCUAGUUAAACGCCGAAAUUCUCCCCUUUUUAUUUUGAGCGAGAGAGAGAGAAAGAGCGAAAAACAAAAGAAGAACUAGAAGCGCGUUCGUUCGUUCACCAGAGACCUUGAAAAAAGAGACGAAUAGAAGGAGAGAAGGAGAUAAGAAAUAUUUGGGGGCAAGUAGCGUGAAAAGAAGAAGAAGAAGAAAAUGCCGAAGAUUUUCGUGCUGAGGAAUCGCUUGCAGGAGCAACAGGCCCGCCUGUUGGAGACGCAGAAAGGCCAACACAUCAAGAUCCGCACGGACGAAUUGUCCACCGAUGCUCAUCUCAAUCAACAGCAUCGCCAACAACAACAACAACAAAAUCAUGGCGGUUCUGAGAUGCAGGACGAGCCCGUGGCGUUGAUUGUCGACAGAAAAUCGGAUAUCACCGCCGCAGUGGCCGCCAUUUCCCUCACAGCAACUACUUCCGCCAAGGAUAAUCACCAACAACAACAACCAGCACCACCUUGUCAACAACAACCAGUAGAAAAGAAACGAGAAACGGUAGAAGUGGAAGAAGAAGAAGAAGAAGAAGAGUCCAGCACUGAAAAUGAAAAGGAAGAACCGCAGCCGCAGUCUGGAUCCGGACGGAGGUACUUGCCCUUUUUCGCUCAUCUGCAAAAGGAGCAGCAGCAGCAGCAGCCGGAGGUGUCGGUGGCCGUGGUUAGUGAAGAUGAACAGCAACCGACCACACCCGGACCGUUGCGCUACGUUUCAGUUAUCCAGAGGACGCCACUCUUCCGCCCGCGUGAACCCGAAGCCGAAAAGAAACGGGAACUUGUUCAACCGUCGCCCAAACCCAAGAAGGAACCUCUGCCGGAAGCUGACAAAGGAGUAUUGAAUCGUGAAAACGAAGAAGAAGAAGAUAAAGAAGAAGAUGAUGACGAUGAUGCCGUGGCAGAGGCGGCCAUGCCCGUCCAGGAGGCGCCUAUCGAUUAUCACGUCCCGAGAGCCAAGUCACCCGACAACGUGGACGAGCCGGAAAGGCCCCGAGGUGAAGUGAGAGAGACGACUGCAUCCGCCCGACGCCGAGCUCGUGAAGCGGCUGAUAAUGGCGCCAUUGACAUGCGUUGCGUCCGGCCCCGUCUGUCAGCGUCGCCCAGGCGUCGCGGAGGGAACCACCACCACGACAGUAAACCCAUGGAUGGAGAUAACGGUUGCGGCGGAGGUGGAGGAGGCGGUGGUAAUGGCGGCGGAGGCAACAAUUCCGGAAGCGGAGGAGGCGGUGGAUACAGCGACAGCGGCAACAGAUCGUAUCAGAUGGGUGGCGGAGGAGGCGGAAUGUCCGGAUUCAGCGGCGGAAGCGACUCGGGUAACGGCGGUGGCAACGACAACCACCUGCCCUAUGGUGAUGGAUCGCUGCCGCUGGACGGUUGCGGCAAUGAAUUCGACUACACGCGACUGGAACAGUUGGGACCGCUUCCGUCCCUCAACGACGUCCUUCCAUCCAUGCGAUCCUUCCAUCCGAGUCUCUACGCGCGAUUACAGGAGCCGCCCCGUUACGCCAAUCCGCCCGAUUUAGACCGGCCGCCUGGUGUUGGAGGUGGUGGCGGCCCUGGGGGUGGACCCGGAAGUAACAGCGACCUUGAAGCCACCUUGACGUCGUUGACGUCGCUAACCAACCUCAACCCGUUCAACGGAAAUCUGAACCUCUACGGAAACUAUUCGCAGAAUGCCUACAAUUUCAACAAUUCCGGACACGGAGGACCCGUCACCGCCGCCCACACACCCAAUUCCGGCGGCGGACCCAGCCCUUGCGGAGGCACCCAGGCCGAUCUCUUUGAAUUGGCCAACGAUCCGGACAUGUGCGCCGAUGACCAAAACUCGUUCUGUCCGGAUGUCGACCAGAUCACCGGAUUGCAGUUGAGUUUCCCCGUCGAGUCGGGAGUUCACGCCAUGCCCGAACAGCACCACAUUGCUGCAUCGCAACAACAACAACAACAACAACAAGACAGACUGUACCACCACCAACAACAGCAACAACAACAACACGAUCAACAACACACCCGAGUCUACACGACAUCACCUGGUGGUUAUUCUACCGUUUCUCAGACUCAUCGUCGCGGUGGAUCCCCGACGGAAUCGGAUGGCCUUAGCGGCCUGAUCAACUUCAGCCCAUCGGCCCUGUUGACGCCGCUGUCCAUCGAUCAGUCGCCUCUGAUGGACGUCCAGUUUGGCUCCUCUCAAAUGUCGCCGUGCUCCAUCAAUUCCUCCUCAUCGCCGGUUCCUCAUUGCGAGUCUUCCGGCGGAUUACUCAACCGCAGCCUUCACGCCCACACGCCGGCCCCUCAACACCAGCAGCAACAACAGAACAACAACAACAAUAAUUCCGUCAUGUCUGUCGACCAAUCGGACAACGAGUCUGUUUCCAACCUGCAAGUCCGCGUUUCCGUCCUCCAGCAGCGGGACAUUUCUAUGCAACUGGGCUUGCCCAAUGACGCCCCACUGGAAUUCGUCAACGGCGGACAUGGAAUUAAAAAUCCAUUGGUGCACGACAACGACGGCAAGGAUUCGACCCGCGAUGGAUUCGAAUCGGAUUCGUCGUCCAGGACUCAGAUCCACAUGAAAUCGUCCAAGAGGGGCAACAACAGCGGAGGCGGAAGAGACGGGGCCAUUUCGGCCUGUUCGUCGUCGACGGCGGCUGACGGUAUGAACACGGGAGCCGAUCCUGACGAUCCCAACAAAUUCACCUGCCGCCUCUGCUCCAAGAGUUUCACCCUGCAGCGACUGUUGAAUCGGCACAUGAAAUGCCAUUCGGACGUCAAGCGCUACCUGUGCACCUUCUGCGGGAAGGGUUUCAAUGACACGUUCGAUUUGAAACGACACACCCGAACGCAUACAGGUGUUCGACCCUACAAAUGUGCCCUGUGCGAGAAAUCGUUUACGCAAAGGUGCUCGCUCGAGUCUCAUUGUCUCAAGGUGCAUGGUGUUGCCCAUCAGUACCAAUACAAAGAACGGAGAGCAAAGGUAUACGUUUGUGAGGAGUGCGGCCACACGACUAACGAGCCUGAGGUGCACUACGUCCACCUGAAAGAGCUCCACCCCUACAGUCCGGCCUUGCUCAAGUUCUACGACAAGAGGCACUUCAAGUUCACCAACAACAACUUUACCAACAUGCUGCUACAAGUUCGAUCCUAAAACAACACCAACAAAUCAUUCAUAAUCGUAAUCAACGUACAUAUAAUAACCCCCUUUCCUUUAUUGUGUCUUUUACGCUCUUUCUACACGACACGACACUACAUAAACACGGCGAUUCAAAAAAACAAUUAUGAGCAAAUCGGUAUAUAAUAGUUUUUUGCUCGGGUAACAUUUUUCUACUUUUUAUUUGAACGGUGGCGGGAAACCAAAAGAUUUUUGAAAAAUCGAAAAAAUUAGAAAAGGUAUACAUACAUAUAUACUAUUACUACUAUACAACAGACGCACAAAACGUUUGUUCCUGUCUUUCUUGUAGACUGUUUUGAUAUGUCUGUCUGUGUGUGUGUGUGGGUGGGUUGUGUGUGUGUUUUGACUAUUUGGAUAAGGAGGGAAAGCACAUAGGAAAUAUUUUACUCAAACACACACACGCACAUUACCUUUUGUUUUUUUGGUUCUAUGUAUAGUUUUUCAUUUGCGAUAAAAAGCACCGGGCAGAAAGAUAAAACAAAAAAAAAAUCUUACCAGUUGAAUAUUUUCUGGGGGAAGCAGGUUAACUUAACAACGAAACACACCAUCACAAACACACACAGACACACGAUACACACACAUUUAAUGAGUAAAAAAGCUACAUAUUAUAUCUAUGAAAAACAAUAUCUCUGGUUGGGACUUGCGCAUCUUUUCAGCAUUUUAAGACUGAGCAAGGGAAAAAAAGAACGACAAAUCUUUCUAAAGGAAUUCAGGGGGCUCAUGGCUAUUUUUCCUUAUUUUUUUUCCAAUUUAAUUUGAUGUUUGUAAUCAUCUCACACAUAUCUCCUGUCUCUCUUGUUUCUCUCCCUAUAUAGUGGCUGUCGAGCGAUUUUCAUGAAACAUUUUUAAUAUUAUGUAUUUGCGGUGCGAUUAUUCAGUUUUAUUUGUGUGGUCUUUCCCUAUAUCCCCCCCAAUCCAAAUCGAUAAAAUUAAAACAAUUAAUGAUUGAAAAAAAGGUUAAAAGAAGAAAAAAAAAAACGAAAAUUCGGCGAGCGAUUUGUUUUUUGUGUGUGGUUUUCGGUUGUGGGGUUUCGUUCACCUGGCGGACGUUGGGUUUGUGACGAUUCGGGAGUGUGCAUCCAUGUUGUGUCGUGUAUGUGCUGCUGGGGUUUUUAUAUAGGGUCAGUGGAAUAUGAUUCUACCGUUUUAUGCAACCAAAUAAUUUAUAUAUUUUUUCCUCCUUCCAUACACCAACCAUUUUUCCAGCAAUCCCCCCCAAUUGUAGUCUCUCCAUCUUCUUCGUAUUUUGAUCCAUACCGACACACACCCUACAAAAAACUAUAUCAACUGAAAUUUUACUCUUUUAGAUCUUCCCAUCUCUUUUAUUCAAAUGAUCGCUCUGAUGAUUUAUCCUGCAUUUUUUUUUGAAAAAAAAAAAGCUGUCACAAUCAUGUACGUCUCGUCAUAUUCUUUCGAAUAAUAAACACAUAUAUCUGAGA